CAGUCACUUAUACUUUCUCUGUCCUUGCAGGGCUAUGAAGCCCCCGGGAGGGGAAUCGAGCAAUCUAUUUGGAAAUCCAGAAGAAGCUGUCCCUUCAAGCAGACCCAAUAGGAUGGCCUCUAAUAUUUUUGGACCAAAUGAAGAACCUCAGAACAUACCCAAAAGGACCAAUCCCCCAGGAGGGAAAGGAAGUGGUAUCUUUGAUGAAUCAACACCUGUGCAGACACGACAGCGUCUGAACCCACCUGGUGGGAAGGCCAGUGAUAUUUUUGGGUCCCCUGUCACUGCUACUUCACCCUUGGCACAUCCAAACAAACCCAAGGACCACGUGCUCCUGUGUGAAGGAGAGGACCCAGUACUGGACCUCAAAGCUGCAGCCAGCGCCUCGCCCAGACAGGAGCCAGGGGAGAGAGGCGGCCCGAGAGAAGCGGACGGCGCCCAGGGGCCCGCGCCCACGGUCGACAGCCAUGAGCCCAGGUUGGGCCCUCGGCCUCGCUCGCACAACAAAGUCCUGAACCCACCCGGAGGCAAAUCCAGCAUCUCCUUCUACUAAGAGACACGGCUGCUUCCCCCAUAGCCAGACAAGAAACUCGAGUGAUAGGAUUUCAAAUUUUACAGUUUUUCUUAUCCCAAAGGAACGGGGUGGGUGAGGGUCAGUUGGAUGGUGCCUGAGGCUGCUGCUCUGGCUCCACGCCGCCACAAGAACCACAGAGGACCUGGCCUUCUGGUGCUAAGGGAGGAAACGUGACCCCUGGUGUGAGGGCCUUUCUGGUGGGCGGGUGGGAAGAUGGAGCUCGACCAGGUGAGCCUGGGGACUGGGGUCUUCAUGUCCUUGUUGUGUUAGCUAAUUGGGUAUCUAGGAAUCACUAACACAGUAGCAGAGUUUAAAGCCUUUGAGAAAAAACCAAAAACCAUUUGCCCGUUGCUGUGGGAUGAUGAGCACGACACACGGAAAUACUAGGUGGGGUGGGUGCUCUGGAGAGCCCUCAGACCCCAGCGCCCGUCCCCUGUUGUGGACAUGGUCUCUGUUCCUGGGGUUUCAGCCCUCGUGUGUUUCACUUCAGUUCUACAGAUUUCCUUGAAACACCUUGAUUACUUUUGCCUCCGCAGCUGUCAACAAAAACCAAAAAGCUGUUCUCAGUCUUAUGCUUUAUGGGAAGAUCUUAUGCUCUGAUCUUCUGAGGUGCCCCAUUUCUGCCAUCUCAGACCUUAGCCGGAUCUGACAUAGGAAUCUCUGCCUUUCAUCUGCCAGGGACUGGCUUUGGACUCUUCACAGGCAGUUUUGCUUAUGAAUUGUUCCUUUUUUUCUCGUCAGCCUUAAGUCUGGGCCUUUGCUCCUCACCAGUGAUGUGAACAGAUCCCUUCACGAGCCACACUUCUCCCUGUCUGCAAGGCUGAGAACAUCUGCAGGACUUUAAAACUGCCCAGAUAUAUCAAAGUAAUGGGGUCAUUUAAACCCUUCAUAUGUCUUCCUUUCUAUUCCUGUUGGUGGUAGGAAGAAGAGAUGCUUGAGAACCUUGGGUUCUUAGAUUUUAAUUCUUUAAUAUUAUCUAAAAGGCUGUUCUAAAAAACCAGUCACAUAGAUGACUGUUGACUUGUCUGUUUCUACACCUUUUUAGAAAAAAAGUCCAUUGCUCAGGUACACCAAAGAGGAAGAAGUUUUCUUAAGCCUCUCUUUAUAAAGGUUUGCAGAACCUCUGGACCAUCUUCACAGUUUCCAGAUAAGACUUAUUUUAGAGACCUUAGGUCAGGAGAUGAAGUAGUUUGGCCACAAAGUCUCAAGUGGCCCAUCCCAUGAUACUUGCUAGCAAAGAUGGUGGGCUGGCAAGAGUCAUGUUGCUUUGAUCUGUCAGGCAAAAGUUACUCCCACUGAGCUUCUAAAGGGCUACAGUGUCAACUCCUCUGUUGCACUAAUGUGGGACCAACGGUUAACAGGGAGGAUUUGGGUGGUGGAGCUGUUGCCUACAAAGCUAACACAGGUGCUAGAAAUGUCUUCAGCAUUAUUAAGAUGUAGCCACACCCCAAGUGGCCUGGACACUCAAGUGCCUGCAGGAGCUGCCAGCCAAGCUCCGCCUCUGCCACUGGCACACAGCAGGGAUCUGCACAGCGCUUUACCAGCCAAAGACACUGUCCCUUUCAGUCACUACUGACUUUGGAGCUGAGAAACCCUCGUUCCAUGUGACUCUCAAGUAUUUCCUAUCUCCAUCAUUCAAAUGGUUGUUUGUGAGAAAGUUGUUUGGAACUCACAGCAUUUUUUUCCCCAUUAAAAAGUGUCACAAAUGGUUGUUAGCUUUUAAGCUCAAACACUAAUUUGUUUAACUUACCAUGAGCUGUUCCAACAGUAGAAAUGAACUACGGUUUAUGUUCUGGUUUGCUUUUAAUACACAAGAAAAUGAUUCGUGAAUUUCAAAUUGGAUCACCCUGAAGACCCUGACAGUGCUGGCCCUGGGGCUCCACCCUCAGCCAAAUGAGGGAUAAGCUCUCUGUUCUGUCUACUGGCAGGGACUUCUGGGGCAGAGGUGGGGAUAGAGGCCUGGGGGAAGGAAGAAGACACAUGCAGGCAGAGCCUCUGGGCAGCAGUGACCAAGUUGCCUUACUUUUGUCCCCAUCUUCCUUCCUUUCCUUCGUGAAGCCAUGGGCGUGACUGAGAGAGCCUGGGUAGUCUGGCUGCUGGCAGGAGCAGAGGACACAUGUUUUUGCUCCUUUGAACCUGAUGGAGGAGGCUGUUUGUAUUUGAAAGAUUAACUCUUAGCAUCCUGUUCUCAACGUCCACACUGCAUUGAGAAAUGACUAGUCUGUAUUUUUAUUAAGCCUUAAAACUUUUUUUAUGUGCAUUUGGUGCCAACUUUUUUGUAGAGCUGUAUCAGAAACACCAAACCUGUGCUCACAUCACAGUGUAACUGAGAGAAGCAUUCUGUUAUUUUUACAAGGCAGGAGUGGGUGUAGCCAUUGAAUUAAAUUUAGCAGUCACGUACUCAGA